CCGGCGCUGGCUGUUCCCGGGCGCGGGCCGGGGGACGUGCAGUUGCUCGGGCGGCCAUGGAGGCGGCGCGGCGGUGGCUGGCGCUGUGCUGGGCGCUGGCGCUGGCGGGGCCCGCGGCGGCCCAGGAGCAGGCGCGCGCGGAGGAGAAGUGCCAUUACUACGCGGGGGGCCAGGUCUACCCCGGGGAGGCGGCGCGCGUGCCCGUCUCCGACCACUCCCUGCACCUCAGCAAGGCCAAGAUUUCCAAGCCGGCACCUUAUUGGGAAGGAACAGCAGUAAUCAAUGGAGAAUUUAAAGAGCUGAAAUUAACAGAUUAUCAAGGAAAAUAUCUUGUCUUCUUCUUCUAUCCUCUUGACUUCACAUUUGUGUGUCCAACUGAAAUUAUCGCCUUCAGCGACAGAAUUGAAGAAUUCAGAGCAAUAAACACGGAAGUGGUAGCAUGUUCUGUUGACUCACAGUUCACUCACUUAGCAUGGAUUAAUACUCCACGAAAACAAGGAGGACUUGGACCAAUGAAGAUCCCACUUCUUUCAGAUUUGACACACCAGAUUUCAAAGGAUUAUGGAGUAUAUCUAGAGGACCAAGGGCACACACUUAGAGGCCUUUUCAUUAUUGAUGAUAAGAGGGUCCUUCGACAGAUAACAAUGAAUGACCUUCCCGUCGGCAGAUCAGUGGAUGAAACACUUCGUCUAGUACAAGCAUUCCAGUACACUGACAAACAUGGAGAAGUUUGCCCUGCUGGUUGGAAACCUGGCAGUGAGACAAUCAAACCUGAAGAUGCCAUGAGAGCGUGGUGGCCAAGACAAGAGCUAUAAUCCCAGAUCCAGCUGGAAAACUGAAGUAUUUUGAUAAACUAAACUGAAACUUGCUUCUACUGAGCUACACAAGUCACAUGCAACUUCAAGUUGUCAAUAAAAUUCCAGUCAUUUUGUUAUUU